GCAGCUCCGAUGGCGCCGUUCAUGGAGGCAUACCUCACGGUAUUCGCUCUCCUUAUCGCUACCGCCGCCGCCACCGGAACUGGAUACCGGAACCACACAGUAGGCGACGGCGCAGGGUGGCUCUUCAACUCCACGACCAACACGUCAGCUACAAACUACUCUUCUUGGGCUGCAACUCAAACAUUCAGCCUUGGCGAUUAUCUCAUUUUCAACACGAACUCGAACGAAACCGUGAUUCAGACUUACAACAAGACCUCCUACCUGAGUUGCAGCGCCGACGACUCCGAUAACGGCACCUUCGUGUACGACGACGGAAGCAGUCAAUUCGGCGAGGCGUUGACCAUUCCCGUUCCGUUGACCAUCGUUGGACCCAACUACUUCUUCUCCGACAACGACGACGGCGUCCAGUGCCAGCACGGCUUGGCCUUCGAGAUCGACGUCCAGCACGGCCUCGGCUUGCCGCCGAGCCUCAACCAGCCGCCUCCGCCGCCGUACAUCGAACCGCCGGGUCCUGACACCGCUCAAACUCCGCCUUUAAUUUUGGCGCAGCCCCCUAACAGCGGCGCGUACGUUAGCUGCGCUGACGUGCGCGUGGCGGUUUACGGCUUCGCUGUGGCGCUGCUGCUGUUGAAGUAGUUUCAGUGAAGAAUAUAUUAGCUUACGGUGGGGGCGCAGCACUUGAUUACUUUUUUUUGUUGGAAAAGGAGAUAAAAAAAAUAACUGCACAAGCUGUAAUUCAUGUGUCCAACUGUUCUCAUUUUAUUUUAUUUUU